UCCAAAGAGGCUUGUCCUGCUGCAGCACUACAGCUAACCCUGCACUCACUCCAUCUGAGAUACAGAGAGAUGAUGCGUGUUGAGCUAGUUUAAAUGAGGCACUGGCUACUGUAGUAUUCAUUAUCAAAGACGGGCGAACGCCACAGCAUCGUGCCGACCUAUAAAGGAGCGUGCUGUUUUGGAACGGAGCUUGCUAUACUAAGCUGGAACGUAGUUAGCCAUUUUGCUAAGCAGCAAACCGCCACCGUAUUGAGGUUGCUUUGUAAACGCAUAUCAGGGUAGCCGCAGAUACCAGCGCAGAGGAAAUGAAGGACAAACAAAAGAGAAAGAAGGAGCGGACCUGGGCUGAGGCAGCUCGCAUGGUUUUAGAGAACUUCUCUGAUGCCCCAAUGACUCCCAAACAAAUCCUCCAUGUGAUCCAGACCAAGGGCCUGAAGGAAAUGAGAAGUGGUACGGCGCCUCUGGCCUGUCUGGUCACCAUGUUACACUCCCAGGUGAGGGGAGACAGAGUCAAGAACAGUAUCUUCUUCAAGCUUCCUGGACGAAUGAGCCUGUUCACUCUGAAGAAGAAUGCCCUUCAGUGGACAAAGACAACGGCAGAGUCAGAGUUGCCAACAGUGCCCGCCAGUAGCACCCCUCCCCCCGUCUCCAGCAGCAGCCCACCCACCACUAGCUCCACUGUGGCUCCAGCCGGCCCCUCUGAAGCCACUGAACAGGAGAGCUGUGACUCUACUGAGACCGCUGCUGCUGCCAGUGGAGACAAUGAUGCCUCAGUGGAUGAGAGCUCAUCCAGUGCAUCAUGCUCCACGGAGACUCCGGCUCCUAUCAGUCAGCCUCAGACUCGCUUGAGCAGAGCAGCAGGACAACAGGGCCGCUCAGACUCACAAGGCCAGCAGGCUCAACAUACUCAACAUGCUCAGACCAGGCUGAGCCGCUCCAGACAGUCAGGAAGGCAGAGGAAGAAAGCCGUUAUGAUGCCUCGUGUGGUCCUUACACCUCUGAAAGUGAAUGGAGAGCAUGUCCCAUCAGGUCCCAUGAAGAGGAGUCGUGGAGGAGUUGAUGUUGAUUUUGAAACUCCGGGCUCUAUCCUGGUCAACACCAACAUCAGGGCCCUGAUUAACGUGCGGACCUUCUCAGCCUUCCCUGCCCACUCUCAGCAGCAGCUGCUGCAGCUUCUGCCAGAGGUUGACAGACAGAUUGGACCUGAUGGUAUGGCCAGACUGAGCAGUUCAGCUCUCAACAAUGAAUUCUUCACCCAUGCUUCCCAGAGCUGGAAAGAAAGAUUGGCUGAAGGCGAGUUUACCCACGAGAUGCAGGUACGUUUCCGGCAAGAAAUGGAGAAAGAGAAGAAGGUUGAAGCAUGGAAAGAAAAGUUUUUUGAAGAGUACCAUGGACAAAAAUCUGGCCUGACACGAGAGGAGUCCCUCAAGCUCACCAUGAGUGAAGCUAGUGAAGUUGCAGCCAGUGUGUUGGAAAGUGAUGUUGCUGUGGUGGCCACUGGAGCCCCGAAAAGACGUAGCGUGGGGCGGCGGAGGAGAGAUGGCAGGAUGAGGAGACGUACCCGAGCUGACCUACGGCGCCGGGCACGCCGGACCCUCUGUAAAGCUCCUGCCCCGGCCCAGCAGGCAACAGAACCACCUGAGGUUGGUACGGUUCUGGAGACCUCAGCCGUUUCCAUCGGCUCACCCAUGUCAGACAACGCUGUGGUUCAAGGGGAAGUCGUACUGCAGGCUGAGUGUGGUGUAGAGCUCCCAGCCGAAAGUGCCUCCAUGGAGCCAAAGCCUGCACCCACCCCAGAACCAGUUAUGUUGCCAGAACCCACUCCCACUCCUACUCCCACUCCUAGCCCAAGUCCCAGCCCGGCCUCCACCAGCGCCAAUGAAGAACCUGAAGUCAGUGCUCGGCUGCUUCCCGAAGAAGCUGCGCCUGCACUGGCUUCGACCUCUUCUCCUUCCUCAUCAUCCUCUUCUUCUUCAUCAGCUUCUUCACCCGCCUCUUCACCCUCCUCACCAUCGGAUAGACAGACAUUUGCUGCAGGUUUGGACUCUUCUUCGUCAUCUUCAGCAUCAUCCAGUGCUGCUGUCGCCGCUGAUCCCCUGGAUGACACCGCUUCUGUCGUCACCUCCAUCACCGGGGGUACAGCCACCAGUAGUCGUGAGAGCAGCCCCUCAGCCAGCCCUGCUACCACUCCUGUAUCCAGCACCCAGCUCAAGGACCAGAAGAGAAGGCCAGAUGAGACUCAGGCCUUUUGCAGCUUUCCCGAAAAGAGGCCGCGGCUUGAUGACCGUCAGUCCUUUCGUACCACAAUUGACAGUGUCCGCUCAGAGAAGCCGCAGCCGACAACCGAAGAACCCAAAGUGCCGCCAAUCAGGAUUCAACUGUCCAGGAUCAAACCUCCCUGGGUCAAAGGGCACCCCACCUACCAGAUCUGCCCCCGGAUCGUGCCCCCCGGCCAGGGCUCGCGGCGGUCGGGGACGGGGGGCGCGCGCACUCUGGCCGACAUCAAAGCCCGCGCCCAGCAAGCCCGCGCCCAGCGGGAGGCCGCUGCUGCUGUUGCAGCCUCUAGCGACGGGGCAGCGCCGGCCGGGAUCGGGCUGCGGCCUGGUACUGGGCUACACGAUAGCAACAAUGGACGACGAGCGCGAGAGCAUCCAGGACCUGUCGAGCCCGGAGGAGGAAGAAGGGGAAGUGGUGGGAUGGAGGAACAGGGAUCAUCUGCAGGCUCUGAUUCGUCUGGAACACAACUACUGCUUCUCAAUGUAGAGCCAACUCCUCAGCCAUCCCCCUCCCCGUCCUCUACCUCAGUCUCUUUAUCCUUAGAGCCCUCACAGACCCCCAGUCCUCGCCAGGAGGACGCCAUUGGAGGCACAUUGGGUGGAGAGGAAGAAGAGGAAACAGCAGCUGCAGUCAGUAUUCAGAGCUCCUCCAGUGAGACUGGAGACAAGGCGGUUGAGUCAGGCUCUCUGGAAUCUGACACUGGAUCCAGGUCUGAAGAGAAUCAACCUUUCAGGCAGAGCCAGACUCUUGAGUCUGCAAGUGUUCCUUCAGAGAAGGCAGACAAAAGUUGUGAAAGUCCUCCACUUGCACCAACCUCCAUUCCAGAUUCACUUCCCAGGUUUGGUGCUCAAGGUGUUGAUGUUAUUCAGAAGCUGGCAUCCUGUCAGACAAAAGAGCAGGAACAGGGAAAAGAAACUGGACUGGGAGGUGUGAUCCAGCAUGGGUCCCACCACAUCAACACCCAGGACACUCCAUUACACCGAUCUACAGAGCGACAGACAGGGACUGCUUCUCCCCAUCACGUGGACUCGUCUAGUGGUGAAAAAGAUGACGAGGUUGGUGUUCACAGUGACUCGACUGAAACCGCCUCUGACUGUGAAAAUGAAAGUCAGGAAGAAGAACAGCAGCAAGACCGGGACUGGUGUUCUCAAAUGAGCAGCCAGCGAAAUAGCCAACUUGUCAUUUGCAAUCCUGCUCCUCAGAACCAACAACCAGUCAUUCAGGCCCAUGUAUCAAGCCGCUAUGGUCAGACUGUCAUCCAACACUGCUUCCCCAAUGGCCUCUCCCACUCACAGCAACACAGGGAUCACCAGUCUGUCCCUGCAGCCCAGCCACAAGGGCUCAAGGAAACCAAUAUUAUGGUCAAAAUGGAGCAAGGAGACGACUGCAAAGCCUCCAGACAGAGUUCUGCUGAGGAGGAUUGUCGUGGGAGUUUAAAACCUUCCAUCACUCCCCCAAACUCUGCUGCAGGCUCUAAGAGAUCAGUCAGCUCAGCCAGACCAGUGUCAAGUGUCGAGGCCAACAACCCUCUGGUCACACAGUUACUACAAGGCAGCCUGCCACUGGAAAAGGUUCUGCCCUCACACCCUGUCAACAGAUUAGAGAUCAAUCGAUUGCCAGGGUCCCAACUAAGACCACCAGUAGCAAGGACCCCAGGGCCUCGCAGCAGAUCUGAGACCUCGCCCCAGUCUCCUGGUACAGAGCCAACUCCAGUAGCUCAGUGCUAUAAUAAGUCUCCAACAGGCCGCACAGUCUCCUGUCUAAUGGAGACCCCCUCCAUGUCACAGUAUCAGUCCCAGCAGGCUGCAGGGGCCGUCCCAGUCAUUACGUCUCUCCCACCCUCCUCAUCCUCCUCCACCUCCAAAUGUAAGCCUGACCUCAGCUGCCAGCCUUCUGUGGACUCGGUCAAAGAAUCUCCUGGUCAUCAGCCAUCCCGGGGAUCCACUCCAGACCGGGCCCUGCCAACCCACCGAACCAUUGCAAACGGCCCCUCUCCUCCCCUUGCAGACCCCUGUCCCCCAGAGGCAGUGCCUACCAUAAAGAUUAACUGGCGGCCCCCACAGUCUCUGCUACCCUACUCUAACCCACAGCAGCUAUCUCCUGUGUCCUCCGUGAAGAAUGAAUCGGGUGCUCGUCCCUCUUGCCAGGCUCUUGCCAAGUCGUCUCCUAUUGUCCCUUUGAGUGUUACCAAAAAGGAGCUUGUGAACUCUAUGGAUGGAUACCUGAGUGGAGGGGCCAUGGAGGGGCUCCUUAACAUGGAAAUGACACUAGCCAGGAUGGCGAAAAAGGAACACAGCAAAGGAGCCUACUCCACCGGCUCACCUUCAUCCACCUCCCCCUCCCCUUCAUCCUCAGCUUCGGCCCUCCCUUUCCAGCUGUAUGGGAAGUUGCCCAAACAGACCACAGCUGUGGGUGGAGUCAGCUACACCGCUAACGUGUCAGUAAUGGACAACAGUAGUUUUUCUCGGAGUGUGGCAGAUGGAGUGCUUCAGCUGCGGCCUCGCCUAACCUCAAGCCAGACGACUCUGAGUAUCCAGGCCUUUACUGACAGUACAGCUGAGGAGGUGGCACUCAAGUGCUCCUGCCGCCUCAAAGCCAUGAUCAUGUGCCAAGGCUGCGGUGCCUUUUGCCAUGAUGAUUGCAUCGGGCCCUCCAAACUCUGCGUGUCAUGUCUUGUGGUCAGAUAGUAUGUUGAAGUCCAAGUAUACUAAAGACCUGCUGUCUGUCCCAUAUCAGUUGUAGGACUGGGCGGGGGCUCCAGGAUUUACUGAAACCUGCAUUAUGGUAGAGCACACAGUAGGAGCCUGACAGGCAAAAUUGCCUUGUAUGAUAAAUUGGUCUGUAUUUUUUCUUGAUGGAGAUUUUCAGGAUUUUUUUAGCUGUACUGAUAUUAUUGUUGUUGUUAUUGUUGUUAUUAUUAUAUUAUUAUUAUUAUUAUUAUUAUUAUUAUUAUUAUUGUGGAAUUGGGGCAUGAUUGAUUGUAAAUUGUGCCUUUUUUUGUUUUGUUUUUUUUUUCUCCUCAAAAACAUUUACCUCAUCUUAUCUUGCUCCACCUGUCAUCAGUUGGUGGCCAUCAUUGUUUUGGUCUCUUGUUUGCUCAACAAACAGGGACUUCUUGUCUCCUUGCGCAAAGAAAUAUUUUUUUAACCAUUAAAAUGAGUAAAUUAAAUUGUUUCAACAGUU